GCGCUUGAGGAGCCGAGGAGGAGGAAGGAGGCGGCACCUGAUCUCCGAAGGACUCAUAGCGGCGCGAGGUCGAUGGUGUCGGAUUCGCCGUCGUAAUUAAGAGGAGCUCUCCCUAAGCAAGUCAUUAAACUGAAUUGAGAUACAGCUUGCCUUACCUUGAUAUCUAUGGUUUGGUUGCUAAUCUGAUGGGCUGUUUCUCUUCUAAGAUUACUGACAAACACGCAGUCGGAUACGAGGACCCUGUGGUUCUUGCUUCUCAAACAAAUUUCACUGUCAAUGACGUAGAAGCACUUCAUGAGCUAUUUAAAAAGUUGAGUUGUUUGAUCAUUCCGGACGGGCUAAUCCAUCGGGAAGAAUUCCAGCUUGCUUUGUUCAGGAACAGCAACAGAAGAAAUCUUUUUGCAGACAGGGUAUUUGACUUGUUUGAUAUCAAACGAAAUGGGGCUAUCGAGUUUGGAGAAUUUGUUCGGUCGCUUAGCAUCUUUCACCCAAGAGCUCCAGAAUCAGAGAAAAUUGAAUUUGCAUUUAAACUGUAUGAUUUAAGGCAAACUGGCUUCAUAGAACCCGAGGAGUUGAAGGAGAUGGUGUUGGCUAUUCUCAGUGAAUCAGAAUUGUCUCUUUCAGAUGAACUCGUCGAAGAAAUUGUCGAUAAGAGUUUCAAUCAGGCGGAUGCAAGAGGCGAUGGGAAGAUCGACCCAGAUGAAUGGAAGGAUUUUGUCAAAAAAAAUCCAUCUCUGCUCAGGAAUAUGACUCUUCCUUAUUUAUUGGACAUAACAACAUCAUUCCCUAGUUUCGUCAUGCAAGCAGACAACAGCGACACCGAUACCGUAUGAUGUUAUAUCGAUGACUGUCUAGCCGUAUUCUGAAGGAUUACGACCAGUGGUUGCUUCAAAUCUUCUGCAGGAGUGAUGUUGAGGAUUGCAUAGAGGUGGUAUAGUAUUAGAGAACUAACUAGCAUGGGAAUGCCCGGACCCAUAUAACUACGUAUUUUGAAUUUUCACGUUAUUAUUACAUUAUGGAUUUUUAAUCAAAUUCACACUGUUCACUGUAGCCCAGGUAGAGCGGAGGACUUUAGUCGUUGCGGAUGGCUUAGGUCGCGAGGAAAUAUC